AAAUUAAAAAUUCAGUACCACCAAACCAAACCCAAACGAGAGAGAGAAGAACACACGCACACCCCGAGCGAACGCAAAGGAGCGAGAAGCCGAGAAGAAAGGAGCAAAGUCGCGAUCGAGUGACGUAAGCGGCGACAAUGGAGGCUGUGCUGAUGCAGCAGGCAGCGGCGGCGGCGGCGGUGGUUGCAAGGCCGGCGAGGCGGCGGUGCACCGGGGAGGAGGUGGUGGGUGGAAGGCGACCGGGGUUGGUCCGGCUCGGAUUUGCGCGGCGGCGGUGGUCGAGGCUGAGGCUGAGCCCCGCGCGGGCCCACCUCGCCGUCGACCGGAGCAGGGAGGCCGGCGAGGAGGCGGCGGCGGUGGUGGAGGAGGAGGGGGAGGCGGCGGUGAGGCUGUUCGUGGGGCUCCCCUCCGACGUGGUCACCGCCGACGGCCGCGCCGUGAACCGCGGCAAGGCCGUGUCGGCGGGGCUGCGGGCGCUGAAGCUCCUCGGCGUCGACGGCGUCGAGCUGCCGGUCUCGUGGGCCGUCACGCAGCCGGGGCCCACCGGCGACGAGCUCGGGUGGGCAGGGUACCUCGCCGUCGCCGCCAUGGUCCGCGACGCCGGGCUCUGCCUCCGCGUCUCGCUCGACACCCACGGCUCCGCGCUCCCCGCCUGGGUCGCGGCGGCGGCGGCCGCCGACCCCGACAUCCUCUUCGCCGACCGCUCCGGGAACCGCCGCGACGGGUGCCUCUCCUUCGCCGUCGACGAGCUCCCGGUUCUUGGCGGCAAGUCGCCGCUCCAGGCCUACGAGGCCUUCUUCCGCAGCUUCGCCGCCGCCUUCCAUGACUUCUUGGGCUCGACUGUCACGGAUGUGACGGUGAGCUUGGGUCCCAAUGGCGAGCUCAAGUACCCUUCGUAUCCGCCUGGGAGCGACGGCGCCGGCGGCUAUGGCGGCGCGGGCGAAUUCCAGUGCUACGACAGGCACAUGCUGGCGCGGCUGAAGCGGCACGCCGUGGCGGCGGGGCAGCCGCUGUGGGGCUUGUCGGGGCCGCACGACGCGCCGCGGUACGGCGAGUCGCCGGAGAGCUCCACCUUCUUCAGGUCCCCGGGGGGCUCGUGGGAGACCGCGUACGGGGGCUUCUUCCUGUCGUGGUACGCCGGGGAGCUCCUCGCGCACGGCGACCGCGUCCUGGCCGCGGCGCGCAGGGUGUUCGACGGCGAGCCCGUCGAGCUGUCCGCGAAGGUGCCGCUCCCGCGGUCGCGCCCCGCGGAGGCCACCGCGGGGCUCCACGGCGGGUACGGCCCCGUCGCCGAGAUGUUCGCGCGGCGCGGGUGCACGGUGAUCGCCUCGGGCAUGGACGGGUCCGCGGCGGCGGCGGCGGUCCUCGCCCAGGUCAAGGCCGCCUGCGCGGAGCACGGCGCGCGGCUCGCCGGCGAGAGCGCGUCGCUCGCCGUGGCGCGCGACGGCGACGGCGCCCCCGGCGCGUGGGGCGGCCUGCUCGCCGCCGAGCGCACGCGGCCGUGCCACUUCACGUACCAGCGGAUGGGCGCGGAGUUCUUCUCGCCGGACCACUGGCCGCUGUUCGUGCAGCUGGUGCGCGCCAUGGAGUGCCCCGAGGAGGCGCACGAGGACGACCUCCCCGCCGCCGCCGGCGACGGCGGCCGGCUCGCCGUGCCGUCCGGCGGCCGCGCCGCAGAAGACGCCACCGCGAAGCAGGCGCAGACAGUGUAGACGCAGCUGGCACGCUGCGACUCGUAGCUGUACAUAUGUGCAGUAGUAAUACCAGUAUACUGCUGUAAUUACAGCAGUACAAUUUACUAUUACUACUCCAUUUUUAUUAGGAAAAUCAGCGGUAAAUUCUCAGUGUGUAGCUGAGAAUUAUGAGAUGGAUGAUGCCCCCUGUAUUAGUGGGGUCAAAUGAGUAUUUGUCAAAAAUGGUAUUUUGUAAUGAUCUUAUGAUCGAGAUGAGAGAUUGUAUUCUAGUGAUGCUAUUGCAUCAUUGUUACCUCAAGAAUCAGAACAUGAGACGUGUACCCCAAUAAU